AUGAAUAUGUUGGAUGAUGAAGAUGACCAAAGCUUUCACGCUACGCGUGACGGCUACUCCCAUUUGAGCGAUGUCGAAUGGGAUGCGGUUGAACAGAUGGGUUCGACCAUGGGCAUCCAUGCUGUUAGCGUCAUGCUAGAGGCUCUCAAUAGAGAUGCCCAACAUGCUACUAUCGCCAAGUUCAUUCAAAUGAACUUGACGCAACCUUCCCAUCAUUUCUACUUGCGCGGAUGUGCUGUGUCGACUGCACAUGAGUACGAGACGCCACUGGGAAACAUUGUGCUUGACCGUGAAGUCAACGAGAAGCUCGUGGAUUCUGGCAAAUUUGCAACCAUGUCGAUGGACGUUGACGAGGACGAGCACAGCAUUGAAAUGCAUCUGCCUUUCAUCUAUCAGGUGAUGAAUGGUCGCGAAUUUACAGCGGUCCCGAUCUUGGUUGGUAACACGAAGAGCGAAACAGAUGAAGAAUACGGAAAGAUUUUGGCACCUUAUCUCGAGAGUGACGAAAAUCUUUUUGUGAUCAGCUCCGAUUUCUGCCAUUGGGGACCACGGUUCCGGUAUCAGCCGCACGAUUCAACCUAUGGGGAGAUUCACGAAUACAUUAAAUAUCUAGAUCACCAAGGCAUGGGCUUCAUUGAGCGCUUGGACGCGGAGGGCUUUACGCGGUACCUGGAGGAAACAAACAACACAAUUUGUGGACGGCACCCGAUCUCGUUGUUGCUGCAUAGCAUCUUGGCCUCACAAAAGCUGAAGUACAAGCUCAAGUUUGUCAAAUAUGCACAGAGUAGCGCAUGCAUGCGCUAUGGUGACUCCUCUGUCAGCUACGCCUCUGCCAUCGUCUACAGUGAACCAUAG